AUGCACCCACCUGCCGACGACGAACUCGCGCAACUUCCCCAUGUCAUUCUUACUUCUGGAGCACAAUGGAACCCUAAAGUCCUUGACUACCGUCACUCUGACCACGAUGAUUGGUACAACCGCAUCAUGUUGGAAUCUGAUGACACAGCUGUGAUUUCCUUUGAUUCUACCGGAUCUUAUCGUCACCGUAUCCCUCAUCCGGACAUUAAUCCUGAACACAUUACUCCUAUUGACGAGGAUCCCCUCUGUAUCAAUCGAACACAAUUCCUUCAGUCUUUCCGCAUCUCGUCGAACCUCAACCAGGUCUACGCAUGCUUCGAUGCCAAUGUUACCAACACCGACGAAACUACCGUUCCCACCCCUUCCGUUGAAGUUGCACCCAAACGUAUUGAUUACUCUCAGUACUUCUCGUUCUUUCUCCAUGUACCUGUGGACAAGAUACGUCGUACCUUCGAUACCACAACACAGAACGCUCAGAACGUCAUGUCAGGACAUCACAUUCAGCAGACUAUUCGUUCUCCUUUUCCGGCACACAAUGUGUGGCGCAGAAACGAACCUGUCGCUACCGACACCAUUACUGGUGCCAUUCCUGCCAUUUGUUGUGGACAUAAGUAUGCACAGAUUUUCGUUGGUCGGAAAUCGCUUGUCGUCGAUGUAUUCGGGAUGUCUACCUCCUCACAGUUUGUCAACACCUUGGAGGACGUCAUCCGAAUAAGGGGAGCAAUGGACGCGCUUAUCUCCGACAGUGCAGCAUUGGAAAUCUCAGACCGUGUCAAAGAACUUUUACGCGCACUCUGCAUCGAUUCUUAA